GUACUUGUUCACUGACACCUGUUUCCCGUCCGCUGAUUCAUACGCUCUGUGCCACUCCGUCAGGCUGUUCUUUGGUCGCUGUCGUCGCCCGCGAUGUCUAGUUUCGCCGCGCUCAUGGCGCUGAGCGCCACGCAAACGAAGGAGAACGAGCAGAUGGUCAAGAACGCGCUGGCGGAGAAGCGCAAACGCGAGGAGGAGAAACGGAAGGAGCAGGAGCGGAAGGAGAAGCUGGAGAGAGAACGAGAGGCAAAGAUGCGCUUGAAGAAGCUGGAGGAGCAGCAGCGCGAGAAGGAGCGCCAGGAGAGGCUGGAGAAGGAGCGGCGUGCUAAGGAGGAGGAACUGCGCAGGCGCGAGGAGGAACAGCGCCUGGCGCUCAUGUACGGGCCAAAGAAGUCCAAGGUCGACUAUCCCACCUCGAGUUCAAGCAGUCGGGACGAGGUGCGAAGACAAAGGAUGCCCUCGCCAGACGAUGCAGGGCCGUCUGCUCUUACUCGCGAAGAGAAACGCCAGCGGAAGAUGGCCAUGGAAUUUCGGAGGUCGUACGGGUCGUCGGGUGGCGGCGCACGUCGCUCAGGAUAUGGCAAGGCUGGCCGACUUCUGCCAGGUGGUGCAGUCAAUAUCACGACCGACACGCCUCCCUCUCCAGGACAAGGAGACAGUCAUCAAUCUGUGAAGGCCCGUCUUGCAGCCAUCCCCAAUACUUUGACGAAAUUGAACGUUAAUAAGCGAGACACGCGGACUAUCGACGAGAUUCUGCAGGACCGGGCGAAGGAAAGGGAGUCGAAAGUGCUCGCUGGAGACCAGGCGCGUGAGUUCAACGACUGGUUCGGGUCGUCCAAGAAGAAGGAGAAGGAGAAGAGCACAGCACGCUCUGCUACGCCCAACACCGGAUCCAACACGCCCUCGCAAGUACGGUCGACCAAAUCCGCUUCGCCUGGACUUUUCUCAGAUUCAGGCGCUCCUCCCACUCAAACCAAGAAAUCCGCUCCUGCUUCGAAUGCGUCUCCUGUGCCUACAACUAUUCCCAAGUUGAGCGCAGCGAGUACAGCUAAAUCGGCGACGGCAUCUAAAGCAGCUGUGGCCCGUCCAGCUCCUUUAGAUAUGAGAUCUCUCUCAUCUGUGAAAGCUGGUAUGAACGGCACGAAGACACCGACGUCUGCUGUAAAGGCUACCGGAUCUACGAAAUUGUCCACAGCUUUGGGCAAACAAGCUGUAUCGUCAUACGCUUCCAGCGUUGCCGCUGCGAAGAAGCGACCUCGCUCGCCUUCCUACUCCCCUUCGCCAUCUCCUCCUCCCACGAAUAAGCGUCGCGCUAUGUCUUCCGGGCCAUCGCGCACGGGUGUCAGCGAUAUCAGCUCGGAAAUCUGGAAGAUCUUCGGCAAGGACCGGAGCAGGUACAUGGAACGAGACGUUCUAAGUGACGACGAGGAUAUGGAAGUCGAUGCACGCCUGCUGGAAGCCGAGGAGAAACGGAGUGCCCGCAUCGCGAAGAAGGAGGACGAGCUUGCCUUACAAGAGGAAAUGCGCCGGGAAGAGGAGAAGCGACGCAAGCGGAAGGAGCGCGAGGCCCGGGAGAGGGCCGCCACAAGAAACUAGAGCUCGCUCUCAAUCACUACAGCAUUAUCAUAUGGAUCCCCCAAUCGUAUACCUCGCGGAACGUGGCGUAUGUGAAAAUAAUAGAAGUGGAGGGGCCGCCGUGGCUACAAUAUUUGGUAUCGUUAACUGCAUUCGACAUGGACUAGACUCACCGCACUUGAUUGUAUCAUCCCAAUGACAUGUACUCGCCGAUCUUCAACCUGGCCUCUUGGUUUCUACUGUAACAGACUCAUGUAUAUAUACCGUGUAGGGUGAAAUAUUAUUCUAUGUGGACG